ACCUCACGACUAGAAAGCAGAGGAUCGCAUUGCAAUUGGGAAGGCAGGGGCUGAUUUAUCGGUGCCAACAUGUCGAUGGGUUUGGAGAUUGGUGGUAUAGUCCUGUCUGUCCUGGGCUUGAUAGGCAUCAUCUUGUGUUGUGGGUUGCCUAUGUGGAAAGUGACUGCUUUCAUCGGCUACAACAUCGUCACUGCGCAGUUCACCGGGGAAGGGCUAUGGAUGGACUGCGUGACCCAGAGUACUGGCCAGAUGCAGUGUAAGGUCUAUGAUUCCAUGCUGUCAUUGGCACCGGACCUACAGGCUGCUCGGGCCUUAAUCAUCAUUGCCAUCGUCCUUGCGGUGCUGGGGAUAUUCAUUUUCCUGAUGGGAGCUCAGUGCACUCGCUGCAUUGACGAUGAAUCUACGAAGGCCAAGAUCACCAUCGUUUCGGGGGUCAUCUUUCUGCUGACAGGCAUCCUGAUUCUCAUCCCUGUCUGCUGGUCUGCCAAUCAAAUUAUCCGUGAUUUCUACAAUCCAGCAGUCCCAGGCCCCCUGAAACGCGAAAUAGGACCUUCACUCUACAUUGGUUGGGCGGCGGCAGCCCUUUUUCUUUUUGGAGGAAGCUUGCUCUGCUGUUCCUGCCCCCCCAAGGAGGAGAAGUACAGACCUACACCCAUGGUCUACUCUGCCCCCAAGUCUACUGCAAUGAGCUACGACAAGAAGAACUACGUAUGAAGUGGCAGAAACCCCCCCACCCCCAUGGUUGUAAGUGUUGCAUGCCUACAAGGAUGGGUUGAAUUCACCUUUGCUUGCCCAAGAAGAAGAAAAAACUUCCAUCAAGAUUUAUUCUCAUGUUCAGUGAGAAUUUGUACAGUGAUGGUCCGUAUGACUCCCUUCUGAUGGAGUCCCUAAGAAGGGGAAGGAACUUGCCUGGCCCCAUUUUUCUUUGUUUACCUCUGAUAUAAAACAUUCUCACACUUGCUUUGAACACUUGGCUGGUGAGACCCCAUCCCAAUUGCCUUCCCCCUUCAGGGGCCAAAAUGACUGCAGAUGGUUAGUAUAAACCUGGAAGGAUCAAGUGGACUUCUUUGAAUGAUGGUUUCUGUGCGGUUGGAUUCCCCACCCACCCACUCCUGCCGCUCCGCUCCCAACUUUGGACACCUUUGUUUUCUAUCUACCUGUGGUUUCUGAAAGGGAACCCUUCAAGCAAUGCGGGAAGAAUAUGAUCAUUUGCUGGACUUGGGGAUGGGAACAAUGUCAGCACUUGGGGUGGUUGAAUAUUCCUGGGGAAAAUGGGUGGCAAGUGGCAGAGAGUGUUCUUUCCCUGAAGUUUUAUCUGCAUACUAAGAGUACUUGGCUUGAAUCAUGGUUAGUUUGGGAGGGUAUUGUGUUGCACAAACCCAUCCCCAAUUGUUUAAUUUAUGAUUCGAUGCAUAUUUGAGCCUAGAGAAAUGGUUUAAUUCAGUACCCAAGUGAAAUGUGUUGGGAGGACACUGCCAACGAGCCUUUUCCACAUUGAACAAGUCCUGUAUUUGAGAUGGGGGCACAGCUGCCUGAGGAAAUUUGUCAGCCACGUUUUGAGCAUCAGAGCACAAGAAUUUGUGUGGAUUAGGAAUCAAGAAGGCCUAUACUCUUCCGCUUUUAGAAUGAGAGCAAGGUCUCCUCUUCCCAUCAUAAAGAACAGUCAGCCAUGAAGGUACUGCUCCUUGAACGGCAUGUUGGCAGCAACUGGUGGAAGGGAGAAGUAAAGAACUGCCAGUGGUCCCUCUAGCCAAAUAAAGUUUUGUCUCCAGACAGUUCUGUCCUUAAGAAUAAUUUCCCCAUCUUCCUUUCCAAGAUGAUAUAGAGAGGGCACUUGCUGGCAAUGGGAUAUGGGUGGGUGGGUGGGAUUUUAUUAUACAUAGCUGAGGGUAAACAUGGUUCCCUCAUUUAUUCUGUAUAUAUAGUAAGUUACAGUGUGUUUCCUUCUUUGUUCCUCCCCAAUAAAACUGUUUGAG